AUGGGGGAAGCAGGAGGGGGGGGCUUCAACCCGUUUCUCGCGGCGAACGCGGCGCCUUCGAACCCGAUGGGGCUUCCUAAUUUUCCGCCUUCUCUUCUUUUCCCUCCUCCUCCGCCUCCCCACGCGGAGGCCUCCCAUUCCGCUAGCGUUGGAGCGACUCCGGCGGCUGCGGCGACGAACGAUCGAGGGGAUUCCACAAACACCCGGAACUCUCCAACCUUGGGGCUGCCUUCAGGAAAUGGGGGGGCGUUGUACGCGCCUCAAAUGAGUAUUUUGAGGGAGAUGGGGUUCGAGGACGAAGAGCUGUGCUUGAGGGCUUUAGAGGCCACCAACGGCGAUGUGGAGGACGCUCUCACUUACAUUGAUGAACAUCAGGCGAACUAA